AUGGCACGAAGAAUUGUCGGCUUAUUAGGUGCGUCUGGAGAGACAGGCUCUUCAAUUCUGAAGGGUCUUACUGCAGAUGCAAAUUUUGAUAUUGUUGCCUUUGCCCGUCCAGAGUCCUUGUCCAAGCCGGCCAAUGUCGCUCUUAGGGAUAAGGGGAUACAAUUGCGUGCUCUGGACUUGGAGGGUCCUAAGGCUGCUAUGGUGAUGGCACUCAAAGACAUUGCUAUUUUGAUAUCUGCCAUCGGACCACGAGAUCAGCUGGCGCAGCUUCCACUUGCUACCGCAGCUAAGACGGCUGGCGUAAAACGCUUCAUCCCAUGUGGCUACUCGACAGUGAUGCCUGUUGGUGUAAAUCAAUCAAGGGAUCAGAAGGAGGAGGUUUACAAUCUUGUCAAGCGCCUACAUCUUCCCUACACCAUCAUCGACGUUGGAUUGUGGUAUCAGAUCUCGCUACCAGAGCUUCCGUCCGGAAAAAUCGACUACGCCCUUGGUAUCCCCGUCCGAAGCAUACCUGGCGAUGGCAACACACUAACAGCUCUGACGGAUCUCAGAGAUGUCGGUAAAUAUAUUGCACACGUAAUCAAAGACGAGCGGACUCUGAACCAAAUGGUUUUCGUUUACAAUGAGUUGUGGACUGUGAAUCAGAUUUAUGAUUUGCUCGAGAAAGUGUCUGGAGAAAAGGUUCCUCGAAAAUAUUCUUAUGCUAAAGAUUACGAGCAGCAAAUUGUGGAGGCGGACGCAAGGCUGGAACAAACCCCGACAGAUUUUGUGGCUAGGGCCGAGAAGCUCGGUGCCCAGUAUAGCCUGUCUUGGGGGAUACGUGGAGAGAACACGCCCGAAUUUGCCAGGUAUCUAGGUUACCUGGACGGAAAGAAACUGUAUCCAGAUGUUGACUUUACCUCAUACGAAAGCUAUGUUCAAGAGGUUGUCAGUGGCAAGGCGCAGGGUGUCUACGACGAGCUGAAGCACCUAUUGAAGAAAGCUACCAAGGGAAACAGCUGA